AUGCUAAGGAGCGCCCUGUUUUGUACGGUGCUCGCACUCGUGCGUACCCAGACCUUCCCCUGCCCUAAAUCCUGCAAGUGUGAGGUCCGCGAUGCGGUGCAGUGCUCGGGCGGCAGCGUGGGUAGCAUCGCCGCGCUGGGUCUGCCCAGGAACCUCACACACAUGGUAUUCUUCCGAAUGGAUCAGGGCGUUUUGCGGAACCACAGCUUCAGUGGCAUGACAGUCCUGCAGCGCCUGAUGCUCUCAAACAGCCACGUUUCCGCCAUCGACCCCGGCACCUUCAAUGACCUGAUAAAACUAAAAACCCUCAGGUUGACGCGCAACAGAAUCUCUCAUCUUCCAGGCGCGCUCCUGGAUAAAACAGUGCUCUUGGAACAGUUGUUCUUGGACCACAAUUCACUAAGGGAUCUUGACCAAAACCUGUUUCAGAACCUGCUUAACCUGCAGGAGCUCUGUUUGAACCAGAAUCAGCUCUCUUUUCUUCCUGCUAACCUUUUCAUGAGCCUGCGGAAGCUGAAGGUGUUGGACUUAUCGGGAAACAACCUGACCCACCUGCCCAAGGGAUUGCUUGGGGCGCAGGUUAAACUAGAGACACUGCUGCUCUACUCAAACCAGCUUGCGUCUGUGGAUUCAGGGCUUCUGGAUAACCUGGGCGCCCUGACUGUGCUGAGAUUGGACCGGAAUCACCUCUAUUCUGUCGCACCCGGUGCCUUCGACAGCCUCGGAAACCUGGGCUCCUUGACUCUGUCCAGAAACCGCCUGGUUUCUUUGCCACACGCGCUCUUCCUUAAUACCAGCCGCCUGACUUGGCUGACCCUGUUCGAGAACCCUCUGGAGGAGCUGCCGGAGGUGCUGUUCGGGGAGAUGGCCGGUCUGCGGGAGCUGUGGCUGAACCGCACCCAGCUGCGCACGCUGCCCGCCGCCUUCUUCCGCAACUUGAGCGGCCUGCAGACGCUGGGAGUGACGCGGAACCCGCGUCUGAGCGCGCUCCCGCGCGGUGCGUUCCUGGGUCUGGCUGAGCUGCGCGUGCUCGCCCUGCACUCUAACGCCCUGACCGGGCUCCGGGACGACGCGUUGCGCAACCUCGGCCGCCUGCGCCAGGUGUCGCUGCGCCACAACCGGCUGCGGACCCUGCCCCGCGCGCUCUUCCUCAACCUCAGCAGCCUGGAGACCGUGCAGCUGGAGCACAACCAGCUGGAGAUGCUGCCUGGAGAUGUGUUCGCGGCCCUGCCCCAGCUGACUCAGGUCCUGCUGGGUCACAACCCCUGGCUCUGCGACUGUGGUCUGUGGCCCUUCCUCCAGUGGCUGCAGCAUCAUCAAGACCUCCUGAGCCGAGAAGAGCCCCCGCAGUGCCAUGGCCCGGAGCCACGCGCGGGCCUGUCGUUCUGGGACCUACUGCAGGGUGACCCAUGGUGCCCGCACCCUCGACGCCUGCCUCUCAACCCUCUAGCCGAGAACACCCUGGAAGCCCCCGCCCCAUCCCAGCUGCCUCACAGCUCGCAGUCCCGCGCGUGGGUCCAACUAGUGGCCAAGAGUGAAGGUUCCGAUCACAGCCUCUACUGGGGUCUUUAUGUUCUGCUUUUAGUAGCUCAGGCCAUCAUAGCCGGGAUCAUCGUGUUUGUCAUGAUUAAAAUCGGCCAGCUGUUUCGAACAUUAAUCAGAGAGAAGCUCUUGUUUAAGGCAAUGGAAAAUUCAUGUAACUAA